GCGAUCCUGGGAGGCUGGGACGGCAAGAUGGCGGCACGAGCGGCGCUUGGUAUUGUGUGCCGGCGCUUCUGGCAGGGUUCAAGGAAUUUUUCUAUAAACCGAUCUAAGGACAGUAGCACCAAAAAUGGUGGCUUUCUUCUCAGUACCAACAUGAAGUGGGUACAGUUUUCAAAUCUACACAUUGAUGUUCCCAAGGAUGUGACUAAGCCUACGAUAACCGUUUCUGAUGAACCAGACACAUUAUAUAAGCGCCUGUCUGUUUUAGUAAAAGGCCAUGAUAAGGCUGUAUUAGACAGUUAUGAAUAUUUUGCUGUGCUUGCUGCCAAAGAACUUGGUAUCUCUAUUAAAGUGCACGAGCCUCCAAGGAAAAUAGAGCGAUUAACUCUUCUCAAAUCAGUGCAUAUUUUCAAGAAGCAUAGAGUUCAGUAUGAAAUGAGGACCCUUUACAGAUGUUUAGAGUUAGAACAUCUAACUGGAAGUACAGCAGAUGUCUACUUGGAAUAUAUUCAGCGAAACUUACCUGAAGGCGUUGCCAUGGAAGUUACAAAGACAAAAUUAGAACAGUUACCAGAACAUAUUAAGGAGCCAAUCUGGGAGACGACAUCGAAGGGUAAAGAAGAAAAAUCUUAAGUCUCGCAGAGACCACAUGUGCCAGCGUUAGAAGUGGGGGUGAGCUCGACACAUGUUGAAAGGGAAGGUGCUUUUGGGUGAGGUGAUUUUUGAAUUCCCCUAACUGCUCUGUUGCGUCAACAUGCCCUAAACAAUUGAAAGCAGGAAUGGGACUUUAAUGAAAACACACUGGACUGUGGAGAAAGAACCAGGCUCUCUGCUGUUCUUCCCAUUCUGCUCCUAACCAGUGUGAGCAAGCCAUGCUGACUAAUGUGCACCAGAAAGUCAAAUUUAUAUUUUGUUUUUCUGCUAUGGUUGAGUUACUCGUUUAUACUGGUUUUAAUUUAUAUCAUUUCACUCAUAUAAAAUUUAAAUACUCAUCACAUGCAUUUUUUCUUUUGCAAUGCCUUGAAAGAACCUUUGUUUGAUUUAAUCUUGGGCAGUUCAGUUCUGAUAUUUACCUCAGUGCCAGCUGAUACAUGCUAGUUUGGGGUGGUUACCUCUAAAUUUUGCCCAUUUUAAGCAUCACAUUCUUGAAAAUGAAUGUUCCUAGCAGCAACUUGAGCACAUUUGUGGCCUGCUUGGAACUCUUCUUGCAGCUCAGAGCCUCAGGGCUGCCUAAAAGGGUCACUGCCAUGGAAUUGGAGCGCUCGAGAAAUUCCUGCCUGCAACAUGUCAUUCAUUCUGUGAUUCAUUCAUUCAGCAAGCUUUAUUUUGUUAACUUUGCAUCCACACGGUAGUGAAUAUCCACAAUUGAAUAGAAAUUUUUUGCUUUUUUUUUUUUUACUAAGUUCCUCACUAAUAAGAAGGCCUCUUUCUUUUGCUAAAUGGAACUUUUUGUUUGAAGAUGUCUGCUUUUCGAUGAAAUUAAAUAGUGGCUAAAGCCCUGAAAGAGGCCAGCCUGUAAUGGCCUGAAAUUGGUGGUGUCUCGGGCCCAAGGGAGUGAUUGGUUUCCUUUUAACAGCAGACUCGGGUCCAUGUCUUUUGUAGUUUCCUUCUCAUCUUUGGGCUAGUUAUGACUUCUCAGUUUUAACCCCCUUGAACUGGACCCUGUUCUCUUUUCCUGACCUACUAUCUGAUGUCAGUGUUUUGAAUGCAUUCUGCUUAUGUGGCAGACUUACAUUACUGUCAUUAACAUGGGAAGAAUUACAGCCUUGUGCCCCAUGACCUCAUUGUACUCACAGCUCAGUUGACUGUCAUUCACAAACACCUAGAGCAUGCUUAUCCCAGUUAGAAACCUGGAGUUAAGAUGUAGCACAGUAGUGCCUAUGUCUAGCGAAGCAGCAGUUGUGGCCAUUUAUACUCUAAAAGAAUUCUUUAAAAGUCGACAUAGAUGCAUACCUAAGCUUCCUUAUGCUUCUUUACUGUUAGUCCGUGUGGUGUAAAGGAAGAGCUAUAUAUGCUUAUCUCCAGGGCCUGCGAGCUCCCGUAAGGGUACGUGUCCAGUUGUGGCUGUUUCAGAAUAAGUUCACCUAUGAGCCAGGUGACUUGGCAUUUCAGAUUAUAUUAUAUACAAUACAAGUAAACUAGAUAAAUGACAAAAAUGUGAUAUUUGACAAAAGUAUUUGGCAAAUUUGAAGACUGCUUCUUGAGAAACAUAACCUGAUAAUAUUUUGGUUUUUUUUUUUUUCAGUUGAGUUGCCCAAGUAAAAUUCAUAGUCCAAAAAUUAGAGUGAAUGCCCCAGCCUCACUGUGUAUACUUGUCUGUUCUGUAGUGAGAGAAAAGUUGCCCCAAUGAUAGAAUGAAUGAGAAGGUAGGUAGGAAGUGAAGCAAUUUUCUUUUUUUUUGAGGUGUAGCCAUGAAUUCGUUAUUGUUUCUCUUAACCUGAAGUAUGUUUUUCUUUCAAAUUAAAUAAAAUAAUGUUGUGGUCUAUUUAAAUCCAUACUGUGUAUUUCAGAUCUCUGAUAAGAGUAAAGGUAUUUCUGUGUUCCUUUGGCCACUUAACAUGCCACAGUAAGUAUAUGAAGCAGUUUUUUUUUAAUAAGCCAGUUGUCUAGUCCUUUAACAUCUUCACUUGUCGGGAGCGUUCCUCCUUUCCAACAUUAUGUUAAAUUAGUUUCCCCACCACAUGAAUGAGGAGCAAAGCAGAAAAGAGCAAAUAUGGACUUUGGAGUCAGGCAGACUAGAAUCCCGUAAGAGUUCAGCCCCACUGCUGUAAACUUGCACAAGAUAUUUAACCCUGUCAGAGCCUCAGUUUACUGCUUAGUAAGACGUAGGGAAUAAAUCCUGCUCAUCAAGGUUGGAGUAGUAAAUCAGUUAACUAAUAAAGCACCUGACACUGUGCCAAGCAGGUGAGAGAUACUCAAUAAAUAAUAACUAUUACUGGACAGUAGUGCAAAUUUGAUGAUACUCCAGAUGCUUGUGUGCCGUACUAUUUAAAAACCAGCUGAAAGGGACCUCAGAAUACCUCCAAGGUGAGGAGAAUGUUUGAGAGUGGCUCUGAAGUUUGAUUUAGCUGAGAAAACACGGAACGUGCUUAUUAUAGUCCCCACCAUGCACGGGGCCAGGCCUUUAACGUAGGCAGUUAUCUGUAGAUACUAUCUUAGUUAAUCUUUAUGGCAACCAAAUAAAGUGUUACUAUUAUUAUCCCCAUGCUGCAGAAGAAAACCAUGUUAGGACUUGCUCAUUCAAUCACCCUUUCAGUUUACAGAUGAAACUGAAGACAGUUUCAAUUAGAGUGAAUGCCCCAGCUGAUUUGUCUGCAGUCAGGGUGGUGACUAGCAACUAGUUUUUAGGGGCCAUGAGAUAGGUAUCCAGUAAUAAUGCAGAAUAGUCCAACCUAAAACCUAGGUUUAUUUCCCCAUCACAUUAGUAAAAUGUACUCAUUGCCCCUAAAACUUAGAAGAAAGAGACUGAUAAGGUGGAAGAAAAAUCUAAGGAAUAAAAGAUGUCAUUGUGUGUGAAAUGAGGGCAAGAAGCACGACACAGUGUGAUCCCUGUGGUCUCAGGGCUGACUCUGGUUUCAGUGUCUAAAGGGCAAAGAGCUUGGGCUUCUACAAGGGUCCUCCUGGGUCACUAGAACAUCUGGGACACGCCUCCCUGGUGGUGCAAGGGAUUAAAGUGUCAGCACGAUGAAGCUAUCUGCAGCCACUGAAGCAUGAGUUCGA